CACGUACAUUCUUUUCUGUCUAGCUAAUUCAUAAACUAGAGGUCGUGUUUUCGCUCCUUCGGAAUCUAUCCCAUGCCUCUGCACGGUCACUCGCUUGUCCAACUCCGAACAUUCUUUCGAUUGACCACAUUAUGCGGACCAGCUUGAAGGUCUUCCUCCUCACGCUGGCCGCGGUACCAGGAUGGGCAACCACCGCCAGCCCGCCGUCCUGCAGCGUCACCCAGCUCUGCCCGAAGGAAUACCCUUGCUGCAUCGGCGGCACCUGCGGCACAGGCACCUACUGCCUAGGCGGCUGCGAGCCGCUCCUCUCGUACUCGCUGGACGCCUGCACGCCCAAACCCGUCGGUCACAACCAGACCUACACCUGGCCGGACCUCAACCGCACUAUCGCCAACGGCAAGUACCUCGGCAACGCGUCCGCCGCAGACUGGGAGUUCAGCGGCACGCCCAAACUCUCCGACGGCCACGUCAUCCUGACCAUGCCCAAGAACACAGGCGGCAGUCUGCUCUCCAGCACACAGUACACCUGGUACGGGAAGGUGGCGGCAGACAUCAAGACCAGCCGGGGGGCAGGGGUCGUGACUGCGUUCAUCCUGAUGUCGGACGUAAAAGACGAGAUCGAUUUCGAGUGGGUGGGCUCCAAUUUGAGGGAGGUGCAGACGAACUUCUAUUUCCAGGGCGUGACCAACUACACAAACGGCGCCAAAGCCCCCCUCCAAGCCGGAAACAGCUACGAAACAUGGCACCACUACGAAAUCGACUGGACGCCGUUCGCCAUCCACUGGUCCGUCGACGGCACGGUGAUCCGCACCCUGCUCAAAUCGUCAACCUGGAACGCAACCGCAAACCGCUAUCAGUACCCGCAGACGCCCUCCCGACUCCAACUCUCCCUGUGGCCCGGUGGCCGCGCCGGCGCAGCCCAGGGAACCAUCGACUGGGCCGGCGGGAAUAUCGACUGGGAUUCGACCGACAUCCGGGAGCAAGGGUACUACGCCGCGGAGUUUGCGAAUAUCACGGUGCAGAGCUAUGCGCCGCCGGAGGAUUCCGGGUCCGGCAGCCGGUCGUAUGUGUAUGUUGAUCGGGCGGGGCUGGAGGGUUCGGUGAGGAUCACGGAUAAUGGGACUGUUUUGGCGGACUUGGGGAGGACGGGGUUGGAUACCGGGAUUGAUGAGGGUUCAGCGUCCGCGGGGCACGGGGGUAAGGGAGGUAGUGCUUCAGGGACGGCGGCCGCGGUGCAGGGGACUGGGACUGGGACGGGGUUCGCGCAGAAGGUGGCUAGCAAUUUGGCUGCGCCGGGGACGGAGGGCUCGUGGAGGGGGCUGGGGCUUGUUGUGCUUCUUGGUGUGCUUGUGCUUGGGUGA